UGCGGUGGGCAUCAAAGAGUGACCUAGUGCAGAUUGUGUAUAGUUUUGUAGCUUAUGAGCGACAGGGAUACCACUAGCAAGGACGACAGGAUCUUGCGAUCGGCUAGACGCCCGAUAGCCCACUUGGCCUUAGGACCAGAGGGUGACCGGUUAUUGUUCCGCCGGCUUAGGGAGAGGCAACAGCAGCAGCGGACAGCUAGGGCAGCAGAGGCCAGCAGGGCGUUCGCAAGCGAAGCCGCUGCUUCAGCAGCCAUGGCAACUGCUGCGCAGCAGAGUUCCCAGGCCAGCAGUUCAAGGACCGUGAGGUCAACGGUUGCACAGACCUUGAGUCAGUCCACUGGCGUAAUGGCAAGCCAGCCAAUAGUGUUCACCCCUGAAGAGGUCGCCAUACAGCAGCCAGCACUGCAAGAGGCACAGUUACAAAAGGCUCUAGGAGAGAUAAAGGCAGAGAAAGAGAAGAUGAUUAGAAGAAGAGCCAGGAAUCAGUUGGCAGGUGAGGCCAACAUCAACAUGCACAACUUCCCCUCGUUCAACAAGAAGGCCCUGAACCUAGAAGCAAAGAUAAGGCAUGGACAUACACCCACGACGGACGGAAGGAAGAAGUCACUGCCUCCCAACUGGAAGGCGAAGGGUCACAUCAUGUUCGUCAAUAACGAUGGUUCUACCAUCGAGUUAGAAGACGACUUCCAAGCGGGAGCGGGUUCAAAGGCGGGCAGCGUAGAGGUUUCAGGGGGUGGAACAGCCGCUGCCACUGUCCAAAAAGGUAAGGCGACUGGUAGACGUCGUGGAGGUUCCUGGUCUAGGAGUCAAGUCGACCCUAACGCUCCUCCAUGGGAGAAAGCGGGUCUCACAGAGGACCGGUACACCAAGCAGGCCUGUAUUCGUUGUGGUCAAUAUGGCCACAACCAAUUUAAGUGCCGCAACAAGAAGGUGACCGAAAAGAUCCCGCCUACUAUGGGGCAGGCAUUGGGAUCCUCCGCUCCCGUAGGUAGCAAUGUGGCCAGCAGUUCUGGCACUGCUCCGAGAAACACGUCGGGUCAAUAGGAAUAGUAGUUGUUCCUGCUAGGGUCGAGGUGGUGGACACACCCCCACCAUCUCGAGAGAUGGCCCAAGCUACUGACUCCAUCGUCGUCCCGCAAACUAGCAAUCCUCUGUUCGCUAAAUGUGUUCGAGUCGUUAGAGGAGCUAAAGGAGGAGUGGUCUAGAUCGAAUCCGCUAGCUUCUUGGACGGCCAUGGCCAAAGCCCCAAAGGGUGCGUUGUUCGUUGGCGAGGUUGUCAUUGGCAGCCAUACGCCCGGGGCCUAUUAUGACACUUGCUCGACGCGAAACUUCAUUAGUCGCGCGUUCAUUGAGAGGUUGCGCUUAGAGGAGCAAGUGCAGCGCCUGAGUCGACCUGUGGAGUCGACCUUCGCCAACAAACAGCGCAUGGUAAU